CUUGCCUCUAAACCCUCUAAUCCUAAACUCUUAACGUCCUUAACGUUCCAAGUUAUUAUAUCUACCUCAUCGCUGCACGUCUUUUACCCCGAAUCAUCCCUCGUUCUCUCUCAACAGUGUAGUCGACCAAGAUCCUACCCAUUCCUUCAUUUAUCCGAAUUCCAUCCGACCAAUUCCUAUCAUUCAAUCAUUUUAUUUCUUUUGAUUCUUCUGUCUCACACAAUUACCCUCGUUCUCUUCAAAUCGUGCGAUCGGCCUGUCUAGUGCCUAUUGUAGACCGCCAAUCCUCCCCCACUUGGCGCUGACCAAAACAAAACAUCCUUCCCCUUCCUUCUUCAUCAUGGCCACUCUCACUAUGACUCCUACUCGUCAGCCUUUGGGCUGUUUGGACACGAUGCCGUUGAUGCGCUCGAAACUUAAUCGUCAGAACCAGCAAAAUGGUGCCAUGUCUAUGAAGUCGUCCACCCCAAUGAAGAGCUCUAUCUUCAUUGACACCGAUUCCGAGAACAUCAAUCCAGCCAGCUUCUCCACAAAACGCAAGCGUACUUUCGAGGACGACGAGGACAAGAGCGCGUCCAAGCCUAUCAAAACAUCCCGCAUGGCUCUUUCCACCCGCAUCAACAUCUCCCCCAUCUCCUCAAUCACGACUCCCAAAUCAGCUCCCAUUUUCAAGCCCGCUGGUCGCUCCCCACCACCCAAGUCGAGCAAGUCAGCCACUCGCCGUUCGCUCAUCGCCAAGCCCCGUUCAGAGCAAUAUACCAAGCGCGGCGUCGCUCGUCCCUUCUCUCUUGCCUCCGUCCUCGCCCAAUCCACAACUCCUAAGCCUGCCCCUGCGCCCAAGGCCCCGGCCUCGUGGUCCUUCGAUAUCCACGUCGACACCGAGCAGGAAGAAAUGACCAACCUGAUGCAACACUCGACCACUGUCCUGGAUAUCAGUGACGACGAGGGGAAGUCUGACGUCUGCCCCCGUGGAAAGGAGAACAUCCCCCCUCACGAACUGGGCAUCGAACUCCCCCGUGCUCUUCAGUCCACUGCCUCUAUUCCUGCCGCGGCCCGUAAGGCACCAAAGAUGGAUGAGUCCCGUGCUCCGCUCGGUGAGCUCAACGCUGCUGAAUACUAUGCCGAGGGCUGCAAUGCCUUCUCGUACACAAUCGUCCAUGAUGAUGAAGAGCAAGCGCCCGAGUUCAAGAAGCCCUCUUUGCCUCUUUCACGGAACCAGGAAGCUCUUGUCGCUACCUCCAUUGCUUCUGUUUUGGAUGUUGCUACUUCCGGGGCUGCUGAAACCAAGCACCUAAAUCACGAGGACUCAACUGGUAGCACCAAGUCUGCUCUUUGA